AUGGAUUCAGUAUCAAUUUAUACGAAAUCAAUUGUUGCACAAUGGAAUACUGAUGCUGUUGUUGCUUGGCUUCAUGAAUCAAAUUUAGGUGCAUUUGAAAAAGUCUUCCGAGAUAAUGAAAUUGAUGGUCCUAUAUUACUGAAAUUAAGUGAAUCAAUGGUUGCACGAUUAUUUCCAACCAUAAAACUUGAAGUACAAUUUCUUGACUUAUUACAAGCACUUAAACAACGACAUGCAGCUGAUUUAAAUUCGAAAAAAAUACUUUCAUCAACUUUAACAAAUGGACGAACAACAACAACACAUCAAUUAGCUACUCAUGUUUUAGCAUCAUCAUCAUCAUUCGAUAAUGGUAAUAGUCAUUCGUCAAAUUCAAAUUCUCCAACAAAUUUAAAUGGUCAUCAUCAAUCAAAAAUUAUAUAUUCAGAACGCUCAAAUAUUUCUAAAGGACUACCAUUAAAAACUCUUAAACGUGAACCAAAAUAUUUUCCAAAUCAAACACUUAAUACUCAAACAAAUGGAAAUUUAAAUAUGAAUACAAACGAAAAUGAUACUAAACAUACAUUUCCUCAUGUAUAUAAAUUACCACAAUUUCCUGAAACACUUCGUUUAGCCCUUGCAUCUUGUGAUGCAAGUGCUUUUAAAUUACGUACUUAUUAUAGAAAUUUAUUAAUCUCAUCAAUUUAUGAUGAUCUUACGCGUGCAUAUAAUCUUUGGUAUCCAAAUGCUCGACAGUAUAAAACAGUUGCUUCAGCACUUGUUAAAACUUAUCCAUUUCUUGAAUCUUCAACGGAAGGUGGUGAAGGUGCAUGGAUUGAUGGUAUUAAAGGAAAAUUUAAACGUGGUCGUCGUACUGCAACAUCCUUUAUUGACGUGACACAAUCGAUGAGUGGUGAGAAUGGUUUUGAUAGAACGUCCGGUGAUGAAGAAAUAGGUGAAGAAAAAUUAGCACAAACAUCCGGUGGACAAAAACGAUCCAGACAUGAUUUUGAAGUUGAUUCCGAUGAAGGACAUUAUGAAUCAGGUGAAAUGCCAAGACCAACUAAUGGAAAAGAAACUGAUCAAAUCAGUGAAAAUAAUGAUGAAUUAGAUGAAGAAGAAUUAAAACGUUUACGAAUUUGUAUAGCAGCUAUGAAAGAAACAUUAGCAACAACAAAUGAUCCUGAUAUAUCUCUUAUAUCAGAUUAUUUUAAAGAAACAUUUGAAAUUCGACGAGAUUUUGUUAAAACACAUAAUACGAAUGAAAUUCUUCUAGAAUAUCCAGCAUUACAAUUACAUUCAUGUUUACUUGCUGAUUUUCAUAUGCAAACAAAUAUACCUAUUCAAACAGUUUUAAUACAUAAACUUCGUUCAAUAUCAAAACCUAUUAUACGACUUGCAAAAGAAACGGGUUGUGCACCUGAAAUUCUUCAUUCUUAUCAUACAAUUCUUUCUCAACGACCACAAUUAGAACAAAUCUUAGCCGAUACAUUCGCUAUAUUAAUUGUUGCAUAUUAUUUUGGUGAAUAUCAAUUUUUAUUAAUCUCACCAGAGAAAGAUGCACAAUCUCCAUGGCCAAUUAUACGUGGUGAUCAUCCAGCACGAGCAUUUUUCGAUGGAAAAUCUUCAUCAUUAGCAUAUAAUAUUGAAUUAGAUUAUGUCCAAUUAUUUCAUCGACCAUUAAAUGAUUUUUUAACAGCUAUAUGUACAUUAUUUGCAACAUAUACAGUUUUUGAAAUAACAUUUGGUAAAUUAGAAAUGACAUUAUCAUUUAUUGAUUGUUUACUUCGAGAUAAUAUACAUGCAUCAUCACGUUCACCACAAGUCCUUGAAUUAAUUAAUGAACUUAAUUCUAUGAAAUAA